AUGGGCUUGUUCGCAAGUUUCCUCGACACCUUCUGCGAGCACUGCUCGACCCAGUCAAUCUACACCCUGGCCACCGUGGGAGCGCUGUCAUUCAUUGCGCUGUCCAUUGUGAUCAAUGUGCUCCGUCAAUUGUUCUUCAAGAAGGCCCACGAGCCCCCCCGUGGUCUUCCACUGGGUCCCCUUCGUGGGCAGCACCAUCAGCUAUGGCAUGGACCCCUACGCCUUCUUCGAUCAUGCCCGCGCAAAGGUGAGUCUGUCGCAGAGUACGGCGACAUCUUCACUUUCAUUCUCCUCGGCAAGAAGACCACUGUUUACCUAGGCACCAAGGGAAACGAGUUCAUUCUCAAUGGCAAGCUGCGCGAUGUCAACGCCGAAGAAGUGUACUCUCCUCUUACUACCCCCGUUUUCGGUCGCCACGUUGUCUACGAUUGCCCCAAUGCCAAGCUCAUGGAGCAGAAGAAGUUUGUCAAGUUUGGUCUCACCUCCGAGGCACUUCGCUCUUACGUCCACUUGAUCACCAACGAGGUUGAUGACUUUGUCAAGAACUCCCCCGCUCUGCAAGACCCCAAGGGUACUUUCAACGUCUCCAAGGUCAUCGCCGAGAUUACCAUCUACACUGCCUCUCGCUCGCUGCAAGGAAAGGAAGUUCGCGACCGUUUCGACUCGACCUUCGCUGAGAUGUACCACGACCUCGACAAGGGCUUUGCGCCGAUCAACUUCAUGCUCCCCUGGGCUCCUCUCCCCCACAACCGCAAGCGCGACGCCGCCCAGAAGAAGAUGACGGAGACAUACAUGGAUAUCAUCAAGGAGCGCCGCGCUGCUGGUGAGAAGAAGGAUUCCGAGGAUAUGGUCUGGAACCUGAUGUCUUGCAACUACAAGAACGGAAAGCCCAUCCCCGACGAGGAAGUGGCCCACAUGAUGAUCGCUUUGCUCAUGGCUGGCCAGCACUCUUCUUCCUCGACCGCUGCUUGGAUUGUUCUGCGCCUGGCCACCUGCCCCGAGAUUGUGGAGGAGCUCUACCAAGAGCAGCUUUCAGUUCUCGGCUCUGACCUCCCUCCUCUCACCCACGAGGGCCUGAACAAGCUCGAUCUGCACGCCAAGGUUAUCAAGGAAACCCUGCGUAUCCACGCUCCUAUUCACUCUAUCAUCCGCGCUGUCAAGAACCCCAUGCCUGUGGAGGGAACUAACUAUGUCAUCCCUACCACUCACAACGUCCUUUCUUCUCCUGGUGUCACUGCUCGUUCCGCUGAAUUCUUCCCCGAGCCCCUCAAGUGGAACCCCCACCGUUGGGACCAAGUCGAGGCUCCCAAGGACGAGGAGGAAGAGGAGAAGAUUGACUACGGUUAUGGUCUGGUCACCAAGGGAACCAACAGCCCAUACCUUCCUUUCGGUGCUGGCCGCCACCGCUGCAUUGGUGAACAGUUCGCCUACGUGCAGCUUGGCACAAUUCUGGCCGCACUGGUGAGACACUUCAAGUUCUCCAACCCCAGCAGCGAAACUCCUUUCCCCGAAACUGAUUACUCGUCUCUGUUCUCUAAGCCUGCCGGACAGUCAUUUGUCCAGUAUGAGAAGCGUGGAGUCAAGGCAUGA